AAGUUGACCGAGUAACCGUUCUUUUCCACACGGUGAAGAAUUCCAUCUUCCUUUCUCUUCCCCUCCUCAGACCUGACCAGACCGUAAAUUACCACCGACGUCGCCACCGCCACCGCCACCGCCACCACCGACGUCGCCGUCGCCGUUAAGGUUGCGAAAACGCAUAUGUAAAGGUGAAAGCGCCGCAAUCGAUGCGGACUCUCCGCGCGCUUUGUUUUUCCACGCACCAGAAUAUCACAGACAAGCGCAAUGGUGCAUUAGCUUGAUUUCGGAUUCAGAUCUGAAGAAGAUAACAUAGCGAUUCGGUGCGAUCCAAUUGGUAUUGAAUUAGGCAGCGUUUUGGUGCUCGACGGGAAAUGGAGUUUAUAGACAAAUUGCCAAGCAUGGAUCUGAUGCGUUCCGAGAAGAUGAUGCUUGUGCAGCUCAUUAUCCCCGUGGAGUCGGCUCACCGCGCCAUCUCUUAUCUCGGCCACCUCGGUCUUAUCCAAUUCCGCGACUUAAAUGAUGAUAAAAGCCCGUUCCAACGAACAUUUGUCAAUCAGGUCAAAAGAUGUGCUGAGAUGUCUAGGAAGCUGCGGUUUAUAAAAGAACAAAUACAUAAAGCUGGUUUGACACCGUCCUCAGGUCCGGCUUCCCUACCUGAUAUUGACCUUGAAGAACUGGAGAUUCAACUUGCAGAGCAUGAACACGGGCUGCUUGAAAUGAAUGCCAAUAGUGAGAAACUGCAGCAAACAUAUAACGAGCUGCUUGAGUUCAAGAUGGUACUACAAAAGGCAGGGGACUUCCUUUCAUCCAAUGGAAAUCAUGGAGCAGACAAUGAGACCGAAUUAGAUGAAAAUGUCCAUAUGAACAAUGGUUAUGGGGAUAUGUCAUCACUGCUGGAACAGGAGAUGCAACCUGGACCAUCAAAUCAAUCUGGCAUAAGAUUUAUAAGUGGGAUAAUAUGUAAAUCUAAAGUUUUGAGGUUUGAGAGGAUGCUGUUUCGGACAACGAGGGGCAACAUGCUAUUCAAUCAGACAACAGCUGAUGUACAAAUCCUGGAUCCUGUGUCAAAUGAAAUGGUUGAGAAAAUAGUGUUUGUUGUAUUCUUCUCGGGAGAGCAGGCCAGAAUAAAAAUCCUUAGAAUAUGUGAAGCAUUUGGUGCAAAUUGUUAUCCAGUUCCGGAAGACUUAACCAAGAGGAGGCAAAUGACUCGAGAAGUUUUAUCACAUUUGUCUGAGCUGGAAACCACCUUAGAAGCUGGCCUCCUACAUCGUAAUAAGGCUCUCACUUCCCUUGGAUUUCACCUAGUGGAGUGGAUGAAUAUGGUGAGAAUGGAAAAGGCAAUAUAUGACACAUUAAACAUGCUGAAUUUUGAUGUCACCAAAAAGUGUUUGGUUGGUGAAGGUUGGUGUCCCAUAUUUGCAAAAUCAAAGAUUCAAGAAGCUCUUCAACGCGCAACAUCUGAUAGUAACUCACAAGUGGGUGUGAUAUUUCAUGAAAUGGAUUCGGUUGAGUCUCCUCCAACAUAUUUCAAGACCAAUUGUUUUACAAAUGCAUAUCAAGAAAUUGUCGAUGCAUAUGGGGUCCCUAAAUACCAGGAGGCAAAUCCUGCAGUUUAUGCUAUUGUGACAUUUCCGUUUCUCUUUGCUAUGAUGUUUGGGGAUUGGGGUCAUGGCCUUUGUUUAUUGUUAGGAGCAGUGAUUCUUAUUGCUCGUGAGAAAAAGCUUGGUUCACAGAAACUUGGCAGCUUCAUGGAGAUGCUAUUUGGUGGCCGAUAUGUCCUCUUUUUGAUGUCUCUUUUUUCAAUUUAUUGUGGCUUGAUAUACAAUGAAUUCUUUUCCGUACCUUCCCACAUUUUUGGUAGUUCUGCCUACAAGUGCCGGGAUGACUCAUGUAGUGAUGCUCGUUCAGUUGGUUUAAUUAAGUAUCAAGACACAUAUCCAUUUGGUGUUGAUCCAAGUUGGCGUGGAAGUCGUUCUGAGUUGGCUUUCUUGAAUUCCCUGAAAAUGAAAAUGUCUAUCUUGUUUGGUGUUGCUCAGAUGAAUCUGGGAAUUAUACUCAGUUACUUUAAUGCCCGAUAUUUUGGCAACUCACUUGAUAUUAAGUUUCAGUUUGUGCCGCAGAUGAUCUUCCUUAAUAGCCUCUUUGGUUAUCUUUCGCUUCUCAUCAUUGUGAAAUGGUGUACUGGUUCUCAAGCAGAUCUAUAUCAUGUGAUGAUUUACAUGUUCUUAAGUCCCUUUGAAGCCUUGGGUGAAAAUCAGCUGUUCGCGGGUCAGAGUGUGCUGCAGGUUUUAUUGCUGCUUUUAGCUCUUAUUGCUGUUCCGUGGAUGCUCUUCCCUAAACCCUUUAUUUUAAAGAGGCGGCACACUGAGAGAUUUCAAGGCCGGACAUAUGGAAUGCUUAGAACCUCUGAAAUUUAUGACGACGAGGAACCUGAGUCUGUGAGACAACCUCAACCCGAGGAGUUCAAUUUUAGUGAGGUCUUUGUACAUCAAAUGAUACACGCCAUCGAGUUUGUUUUGGGAUCUGUUUCAAACACUGCAUCAUAUCUCCGAUUAUGGGCCUUAAGUUUGGCCCACUCUGAGUUGUCGACUGUAUUCUACGAAAAAGUCCUCCGCCUUGCUUGGGGGUACGACAGUGUGAUAAUCCGGUUGGUGGGAUUGUGCGUGUUUGCAUUUGCAACAGCAUUUAUACUACUCAUGAUGGAGACUCUAAGCGCUUUCCUCCACGCCCUGCGUCUCCAUUGGGUCGAGUUUCAAAAUAAGUUCUACAGCGCCGAUGGCUACAAAUUCAAACCCUUCUCGUUCGCUGCAUUAAACGACGAAGAUUAGAUUUCUUUCUCGAAUUUCCAUGAUAGAGCCAUCGACAAAGAAAUGACAUAUGAGUACUUACAUACAUAUAUAUAUAUAUAUAUAACAGAUGAACAAAUUGCCACUCGCCUCACUCGUCGUCUGAACAUCAUGAGGAGUCCAAUUGCCAAUCCCUUCAUUUUUUACGCCGAGAUGCGUUUGGAUUCCGGUAUGUGGCCUUAACAUAUCCCUUUUCUUCUUUUGUUUUUGUUUUGUUAUUUUCCCUCUUCCUUUUUCAAGAUUUUAUACAUAUAGUAGAGAAUGAAAUGGCUGCUGCUCAUAUAUACAUACAUACAUACAUAAAUCCAUAUAUAUAUAUACCUAUACAUAUAGAGGCUACCUAGUCUAGUCUAGUCUAGUCCAGUCCAUCUAGAUUGUUAUUUCUGUUGUGAUAUAUUUUAGUGUAAUGUAAUGUAAUGAAUUGUGUCAGCUUUGUGAGUUAGUUAUAGGAA